AAUUUAUAAAAGUCUUCUACGAUUAAAAUUCAAAUCAAAUAACCUAACACAAUUUCAAUCACGUGUUAUACACUCAUUGACUGAAAAGGUUAACUACGCAAUAAGUCAUUUUCCGUGAUAUAUACAGUUUAUAAUUUAUUAAAAUUAACUUUGAUCUAUCACAAUCAAGAAUAUUUUCAAAUAAAAUUAUACACAGAAUAUAUUAUUGUCACAUUUGUAUAAAGAUUCAAUCGAACAAGUAAUUAUUCACAACGACCAAGAACACCUUGUACGCGAGAACGCGAACGGACGCUUGUAUCCAACUUCACACUGAUCGAUUCGCGCGUUCGAUACUCUCGGUCGAUUCGUUAACGAGAAGAAGAAUCACGUUGUUCCCGCAAAGCGCUCUGAGCGGUCUCGUGAAAGUCAUUAGUCCUGUGAAAGCGUACACGGAAAGAGUGUUACUUUUCUAACGCGAGUGCGGGUGACAAUAAUGAUUAGAAGUGGCUCUCCCAAUGGCAACCUCUCUCUCGAACAAUAACGACGGGACGCCAGUGAAUAAAGAGGCAGCCCUUGUGCAGCACCGAUUUAUCCAUUGCGGUUAAAACCAACGCUCCACCUUCGAGAUUGCGGGAGGGUAUAGACAUGUACUGAAAUAGACACCGGUGACCACCGGUCCCCAGAAGAAAUUCGCGUGGCGGUUGCGAGUUCCAGGAAAGAAAGGCGAAACAAGGAGAACGCGGGAGGGUGAGCGACCGAGGCGAACGAGGACAGAAAAUUUAAAUCGCGGAAGAGGAGCGCGAGAUGUCCGAUGGAGGGGAGACCGAUGAACGCAGGACGGUUCGUUAUCGACGGCCUCGCGAUUCCUGCCAAUCGAAAAGCUCAACGGUACCGCGAAUAUCCCAUUGGCCCCGCCCCCGGCAGCGUUGGAUUGGCUCGGUCGCUCUUCUCCUAUUCGAAUCUCGGUGGUGGGGGAAGGCUGGCGUGCGGAGUCCGUGGAUCGGCAGCAGGCUUCGAGUCGUGCGUGCACACUUCCAAAACUAUCGUCCGUGGAGGCACAUUGAGCGCUGUGCACACCGUGUUGGUCCUCGUGCGUCGCUCUCGAGCGCGGCACAGUCGCUUCCGUGGCCCUCCCCCCCCCUCCGGUUUCGCAAAUUUCGAUCAGUCGAGGAAUUGGAACGACGCCGUUUAUACCGAAAUACGCGAAACGAUGUCGUUGGACUGUGCUCAGUGUCUCGACUCGGUUGUCCGAUAAAACAGGGAGGAGGGAAGUGAAUUUGGGGUGGAGUACAGUGAAUAACUAAAAAAAAAAAAAAAGACUCUAGUGGACGGCUAUGACAGUGCAGUGACUUGCUGAUUGUUAUUUGUUUCUGUUCGACAUCAUUACGCAUCCGGUCUUAUCUUAGGUUCUUCAGAGUUAAUUAUUCUUUGUGAAGGAAGACGAGACGAGAGUCUCAACCACGGCACCAAAAUUGAGCUGGACUUGCAUCAACGGGCCGCCGGCCACUUUAUGAGAGCCGGCGGCAACAUGUGCGACGGCUCGUUCACCGAGACCCUGCGCGGUAUGCAGGGUAUGCCGGGUACGUCACCACCCGGUGGCGCGGGGGUCGGCCCCAUGGGGGUUGGCCUCGGCAGCCCUCUUGGCCCGAGCCCGAAGAAGGCGCAGGUGGAGCACAUCAAGAGGCCGAUGAACGCGUUCAUGGUCUGGUCCCGGCUCCAACGGCGGAAGAUCGCUCAGGAAAACCCCAAGAUGCAUAAUUCAGAGAUUUCCAAGAGACUCGGUGCCGAAUGGAAACUCUUAACGGAGGAUGAGAAACGACCGUUCAUUGAUCAGGCGAAAAGGUUACGGGCCCAACACAUGAAGGAAUAUCCAGAUUACAAAUACAGGCCUAGAAGAAAACCGAAAACUUUACGGAAAGAAGGAUAUCCUUACAGUAUUCCAUAUCCUAGCGUGCCUAUGGACGCAUUUCGCACCGGAAUGGCCGGCAGUAUGGGUCAAGCUGGAAUGGGCUCAUACUACGGGCCUGCAGCGGCUUACGGCUCGUUGUCAGCGGCCAGCAUGGCCGCGGCCGCGGCCGCGGCUGCACAACAAUCCGCGGCGGCGAUGUCGGCCGGCCUGGCGGCACCUGCUCAGGUAGUGAGCUCGAUGGACGCGAUGAAAUAUUCGAUGGAAGCCGACAAGUACCGGGCUGCGUACAUGCCACCAAGCACCCUGACGAUGAGCAUGUACUCGGACCCGAAAUACUUGGACUCGAGUCCCAAGUCGUAUCUCGACCGAAGUUACCUCGACUCGGCGACCAAGGCUUACUUCGAGCAGUCGAAGCUCUACAUGGACCAGAAGCCUGCCAUCGCCGAUUACAACAGGCCCACUUACGAGCACAACAAGCUCUACGACGAGUCGAGCCCGGGGAGCGUGGUGGGUGGUGGCGGGCCGACGAGGUCGCCGGCCGCGGAAUCGCCCGACGUGAGCAAACAGCACGAGAGGACCGAGCAGGGAUCGUCGAGCGCGAGCUCCACGUCCACGUCGUCGGCGGCCAGCCCCGGCGCGAGCCUACCGGCCUACUAUCCGGGCCCCGUGCAAACCGGGGGCAUACUGGGCCCCCAGAUGAGCCAGUACAGCGGCUACCAGACGGCGCCCGCGCCUGGCAACGAGUCGUUCAGACGACCGCUCACUGUCAUCUUCUGACCCGAUAGAACGUAGCUCUGAUCCAUCUUCGAGGAGCAAUUGCCCUGAUUUCACUCGACUGGUGUUCGCGCGCGAUGUGCUUGUGCUCGUGGUGGUGGUCGUGGUAAUGCUCGUGGUCGUGCUGGUGAUGAUGACGAUCGUGAUGCAACGUUUCGCAGGUAUACGUAUAUGUAUUUGUGUGUAGGGAUCGGGUAUAUCGGGUUUCGGAACGGGGAUUUCUCGUUCUUGGAAAUUUACUUUGCUUUUGCAGGGAAAUGAUGCAAGCGGUCAGCUUGGAUCUCCACGAUACGUCUUUUCUUUUUAUAUUACACGUAGUUGGAUGGAUAUGGUCUGAUACGUUCGCUUCGAAUAUACCCGUUGAGUUAUCUGAGAGUUAUUGUAUAAUAUUCGGAUAAUUAAUUAAUCAAUUAAAAAUAUCGAUCGAAAUCUUAUCUAACAUCGUCGAUUCUAUGCUUGUCUCGCGCGCAUACUUGCAAUUUCGAAUUUAUUUAAUUAAUUACGGACAAUUAAAAUAAUAUAAAAGAUGCUACUAUGAUUUAAGAAAUAACAAUUUUUAAAAAUUGACAUAACAUAUAUUGUAUAUAUAUGUCAUUGAUUUAUCUAUUAGUCUUCGAACUAUAAAAUUGCGAUAGAUUUAAUUUAUUUCUUUUCUUUUUUCAGUCUCUUUCUCUAAUAUUCGAAUUAUUCAAAUUAUAGCUCUAUUAAUCAUUUGGUGAAAUUAAAAUUAAGUGGCAAUUAUACGUUUGAAGGUAAAAUAUAUGUUUAAUCAUCUAAAAAAAAUAUAAAAAUUUAACAUUUAUAAUUUUAUAAGUUUGGACAUGUUUGAAACGUUUGAAAAAAUCACAUCAUUAUUUAAAUUCAAUUACAAUUAUUGAAAAAGUUUUAUUAACAUUUUUUAAUUUAUUAACUCUUUUUUUAUUAAUCAAAUUGUAAUUAAAUAAUUUAAUUACAUUCUGAUGAAAUAAAAAAAGAAUUGCAUGAAUUAGAUUAGAGAAAUGGAAUAUAGAUAAAAAGUUUUAUUAACCGCAGUUUUAUCUGUCGAAUUAUUUUUUAUCGAUUUCGACGAUCUUUCAACGAGAUAAAUAAAAACCAAAUUUUGAUCGAUGAAAAAGAGAGAAAAUAUAACAACCAAAUUCGUCACACAAAUCUCUAUGGAAAUUUAAGAGCGAAUCAUCGAUUAAAUUUACACUUGAUGAUAAAUUCCAAGAACGAGAUCUCCGAGUUCGCGCGAACGGAUUCGACAAAACGAUCCGAAAAGAAAUUCGAAUUGGGCCACCACGAAUAGAUCCACCUGUAGAUCGAAGUGAAACCAGGACCGUCAACGAUACGGGAAUCGUUGAAAGCAACAACGAAAGUCGAUACUCUCCGUGUUCUAGCCAUCCCCAUUCGUCGAGUUUCGACGCGUGACGAUUAUUUAUCUCGGGUAAAUAGGGUUCUUCUUCCAUUCUCGAGGUGGAAAUUAUAAAGAAAAAUUGUACAUAGCUCCCGUGUAAAUAGUGUAGCAAGGAUUAUUAUAUCGCGCACGACGCUCGAAAACGGUUUUCCUUCCACACCUUUCGCCUUGUGUUUCCUUUUCACUCGCAGAGCCAAUCUUCGAAAUUCAAUAGACCGCGGAAUUUAUUAAGAGAUUGUGUAAAAAUUUUCGGGAAGCAACGCGAUGAAAUAAUUUCAUUCGAUGCAAAGUGUUUUUUCACGUGUUUUUGUCUACGAUAUCUCUACUCGAGAGCGAAUACGGAUUUUUAUUUUUCAAUUUAUAUUUUCUUCUCCGUUCUUCGUGUAAUUUUGUCGAAUGAAAAACUUGUAUUAAAUAACUUAUCCGCGGUCUAUCCGUCGGAGUUCUCGAUGAUGGAGAUUUUAGAAGUUUACAGUUUAUAUGCACACACGUAUUAUGUAAUUGAAACGAUUCACCCCUUUUGAUCAAUUAAUCAAAUCGAGUUAUUCUAUGGAUGAACGGUAGUGUUAGAUUUGUAAUCCUACGGUGUUUCGUUUCGAACGAAUAUAUUAGAUUGGUGCGUGUGAAAUUUUCUUCUUCUUUUUUUAAUUUCGGUCGAUCAUUAAAAAGGGAGAAAUUUAUUAUAAGUUAUUUGUAUUGAACAUUGAGAAUUUAAUUGCGACUCAGGAUAUUCUUGUGCUUUUACAUUUUGGACAAAAGGUUAAGCUUUUAAUAUUGUCAUUUUUAAUCAAUUUGACUUCUGCCGGAAACGAGCAGGAUAUUCUUUUAUCCUUAGAUAUGUAUUAAUUUCGACUUGAAAAAAAAAUGUUAAAAAUUUUUUACACAGUUUGUCUACAAAAUUCUUCUUUUUUCCGAUAAUAAUUCGCGUUUCGAACUAACUUAGAAACUUAGAACAGGUUGUAAAUACCGUGCGAAAAAAUUCAAUAAAUUCCUAUCGAUGAAUAAAACGAAUUUGGAAAUUAAUUGUAAACGAUACGUUUUAGAAAAAAAUUUCUUUUAUCCAAGAGACAUUUCGUACGCGCCAAUUUAAUACACAGACACAGAUCGGAAUAAGAGUUUCGUGGAGCGGAACAGCCAAAAGGAGAACGUGUUUUUCGCGCGGUCGUUUGAUUCGUAAUCACUGUACAUAGAUCCCUUUGAUUCGUCGAAAGAAUACGUCGUCGUCGUCGUCGUCGUCGUCGUCGUCGUCGUCGCGUUCCCCUUUCCAAACAUUUUCUCGUUUCUCGCUCCAUCCUUUUUAAUCGAGGGAAAAAGUGGAGAGAAAGGAGGAAAAAAUUUCUUCCUUUUCUUCGUCGUUUAGUAUAUUUAAAAGAUUGAGAGACACGGCAUGUGAUGAAAUUCUUCGUUAAUUAAUCGAAUAAACGCUCGGUUAAACGGAUCUUUCCUUUUCGAUUUCUUUUUCUUUUUUUUAACUAUUUAUUAUUCAAGAGAAUUUUAUUAUUAUUAUUAUUUUAUUUGAAUUAGAAACAUUUGAUAACCGGUGAAAUUACUUAGAAAAAUCUUUUCAAACAAUCGUGUCAGAAAAUCUGUCGAGUAUUUUUUCUUCCUUAUCUCCUUAUCUAUUAUUAUUAUUAUUAUUACUAUUAAUAUUAAUAUUAUUAUUAUUUGUUUUCAUUUUUCGUUUGUUCUUCCGCGAAAAGAAAUGCUUGCAAAGUACUUUCUCGAGUUUCAGUUUUUCUUCCUUCUUGUUUCGUUUUCGUGUAACUCACGUGCACGUUCGAUCGAAUGAUUUCACAGGAGAAAGAGUGAGAAUGCGUGUAUGUGUGAGAGAGGGAAAGAAAGAAAGGGAAAGAUAGAUAAAGAGAGAGAGAGAGAGAACUUUUGUAGACGUUUCGCGAGAGGUGGAAUAGAGAUGAUAGGAGGGGAAAUGAAAAAAUAAUAGAAAUGAGAUACGCUUUCGUGAAACGUCCAUGACCCGCUGUAAUCUUUGUACUUGUAUCGUUACGAUAAACCUCUUAAACUGUACCGAUUAUUCAAGUAUUACGACUUUAAAGCGGCAGAAAUAAUCUAUAAAUAUUGUACUGUAAGUGAAAAAAGGAAAAUAAACGUUAAGUAUUAUCCUUCGAA